AUGAGUGCAGAUUUCCCUCUUGGCUUCUUGUAUAGCCUCCCACCCAGGCCCAAGACCAAAUCGCUGGGUGAUCACAUCGCAGAACACGUCACCGACAAUGGCAGAAUAUCCACCCUCAUCGACUGUCUUCCUUCCACAUCCAAUCCUGCCCUCUGGUCGCCCGAUCUCUCCCGUCCACCACUAGAGCACCGCCACAUCAAGUCGUUCGUCACCAACUUCAUCCUACCAUGCUCUCCCAGCCGCGCACCCUUGGGUCCCAACGACCGCGUCAUGAUGGCGCUCCCAACGGGUCCCGAGAACGCGUUGGCGCUUCUCUCCGUUGCCGCAUAUCACACCUGUGCUCCCGUGAACGCGAGCUGUACCGCCGGCGAGCUGCGCGACGAUGCUGUCCGUCUGCGGGCCCGUGCCGUUGUCACCACCAGAGACGCGGUAGAGCGCUUGGGUCUGCACGCCUUGCGCGAUCAAGACGACAUGGAGAUCAUCUUUGUCGACCCGCGCUCUUCGGGACCCGCUGGUCUUUUCGAUAUGGCUCUCCUCGGCGAAAACACGAUCGCGUCUACUGCUGGCCGUCGACCUUCUGCACCGCAUGGACUCGAACACCAGAGUCUCGUGCUCCACACCUCCGGUACCUCGGGCAAGAAGAAGGUCGUCCCCUACUCGCUGCGUCAUCUCAUUAUCGGUACAUGCUGUGUCGUCUACUCGUGGGAUCUGCGCCCAGAGAGCGUCAACAUGAACAUGAUGCCCCUCUUCCACGUCGGUGGUAUCGUUCGAAAUCUGUGGUCGCCCGUCUUUUCAGCAGGAAGCGCCAUCAUGUGCGCUGGUUUCGACGCCAACGCUUGGUGGCCCCUCGCAAAGCAGCUCGGUGCCACUUGGUACUACGCAGCGCCCACCAUGCACCACGCCAUUCUCGCGUCCAAGCCUGAAGGCAUCGAUGCAUCAAGGGAGACCAACAUCAAGAUGAUCGCCAACGCCGCAGGUGGUCUCUUGCCCUCGCUCGCCAUCCAGCUCAAGGAGACUUUCAUCGGUUGCGCUGUGCUGCCUUCGUACGGAAUGACUGAGUGCAUGCCCAUCGCCUCGCCCCCCACCAAUUACCAGCUCGACCGCCCAGGCUGUUCUGGUGUCGCCUGCGGUCCCGAUCUUUCCAUUCGAGACCCCUUCGACAAGGAGCGCGAACUUCCUGUGGGCCAGACCGGUGCCGUUUCGGUGCGAGGUCUGCCCACCUUCUCGGGCUACGAAGUAUCAGCAGAUCCAUUCGAGCCGCUCGAUACCUCGGCCUUCUCGAGCGAAGGCUGGUUCGACUCCGGUGACAUGGGCCACAUGGACGCCGACGGAUACCUCUACAUCACGGGUCGAUCCAAGGAGAUCAUCAACAAGGGUGGUGAAGUUGUGUCCCCCUUCGAGGUCGAGGAGGCCAUCACACAGGCCUGCUCGGAUCGCGUAAAGCAGUGCCUGGCAUUCUCGAUCGAACACAACGUGCUGCAAGAAACCAUCGGUGUCGUCGUUGUCCCUGUUCCCAACCAACCCCGUGUCGGUCUUGCCGAACUCCACAACAUGCUGCGAUCCCACUUGCAUCCUUCCAAAUGGCCAUUCGCAGCCGUUUACAUGGACGACGUUCCCAAGAACCAAGCAGGAAAGCCACUCCGCAUCAAGCUCGGCACCCGUCUCGGCAUCGGACCGCUGUCGGACGAUGUCCCACCGCUACAGCGUCACUUUGAAGCCAAAGCACCAGGCAAAGAGGUGCCGCUUUCGGAGCCCAUCCCUUGCAACCUUGUCAGCGUCGAUGUACGAGCCGUCGAGAGGGCCUGCUACCGCAUUCCAGGCAUCAUCGAAGCCGCCGUUCGUCAGCGCCGCGAUGGCUCGCCAGAAGCUUUCAUCCAGGUCGAGGAGGACGCUGACUACGAUGCAGCUGACAUUGACCGAGCUCUUGCACAAGUGCUCCACGGCUACGUGGUGCCCAACCCUCUUCACGUCUUCCGACAACCCUUGGCCAAGAACCACGGUCAGAUCGACUUUGAUACCAUGGAAGCCGAAGUGCGAAGGCAGAACGCUUCGAGCAUGACUCGAACCGCCUUGAUUGUCCGUGACAUCAUCGCUCGUCUGCUCGACACCGAGGCUGGCUCCAUCACAGCCGAGUCCGACUUCUUCCUUCUCGGAGGUAACAGUCUCUUGCUCGGUCGACUCGUCCACCUCAUCCGCAAAGAGACCGGUGUCUCGCUCGAAGUAUCGACGCUGUUCAUCAACUCGACCAUAGCAGGCAUCGCCGACCUUGUGGAUGAUGAGCAAGGCGAUAUCGAGGAAGAGGAGGACGACUUCUACGAUGGCUACGACGACAAGGGCGCCCUCGGAGCAUCCUAUGCAGCACACCGCUACGACGAGGACGAGGAUGUGGCCUUCCAGAGCCACGGCUACAAGCCACGCAGCCAGACACAUCCCUGGGUCAUCUUCAUCCAGGCGAUUCCCUUCCUCUUCUUCUAUCCUUUCAAGGCUGCCUGGACGUGGACCGUCAUCUUGCACGGUCUCGCGUUCUCUGCCUUCUACAUCCGCGACAUCUUCUGGGAGCGUGUCGGCGCUCUGCUGGCCUCGAUCGUCGUUGCGCGAUUGACGAGUCGUAUCAUCUGUCCUAUCACUGCCAUCGCCUUCAAGUGGCUUGUCAUUGGCCGGUACCGUCCUGGCAAAUAUCCGAUGUGGUGCAACUACCAUCUUCGAUGGUGGAUCGUCAACCAGUCGCUGAAGACUGCCGGUAAAGGUCUUUUCGCCAUGACGCCUGGUCUGCAAAAGACCUACUACCGCCUGCUCGGAAUGUCGAUCGGAUCGGAUGUCAAGAUCGACCAGUUCGCCAAGAUUGCUGAACACGACCUGAUCACCAUCCACGACGGUGCCCGGAUCGACAAGUGCCUCGUCCGAGGAUUCUGUGUCGAGCGCGACGGCUACUUCCGACUCGAGCCCAUCAUUGUCGGUCGCGACUGUGUGGUCAACACCUUUACCCAGAUCUCGCCCGGUGCUAGGCUGGCCGACGGUACGGUGUGGGGUCCCCAGUCCUCUUCGCACGAGGAGCCGUCGUCGGAUGCCUACGCUGCCUAUAACCGCAACAAUGCUCCUCAGCCCCACUGGGCGCUGAUGGUGCUGAUCGGCUGGCCCAUCAUCUUCCUCGUUCGUUUCGCCUGCUACGUGCCGUGGUUUGCAUCGCUGUUCAUGCUCCUUUCGCAGCCAUUCGCCUUCGACCACCACGACAGUGUCAAAGGUGUCAUUGCUUGGUUCGCCUACCCGCGUCGGAUCGGCUGGCAUUACGUCGCUCGAGUUGUGCGAAAUGGUAUGCCGCCGCUCAUCAACUUGGCCCUCGGUAUCCUUGUCAAACGCAUGCUCGGCCUCAACAAGGAGGGCUCGAUGCGCAACGCCACGCAGUACGCGCUCUUCCGUCGAUGGAUGAACCAGCAGCUGCUCUCGCAGCCGCGAGUGCGUCGCGCCCUCGCCAUUCUGGGUACUCACUACGAGAUGACCUCGGUCAUCUUCCGUGCGAUGGGCGCACGUGUCGGCAAGCGCGUCUACUGGCCAGGCUCGAGCAUCUACUGCCCUGACCCUGAGCUUCUCGAGAUCGGUGACGAUGUGGUGUUCGGCUCGCGUUCGGAAGUGUUCACCUCGGACAGCAUCGGCUGGGCGCGCGUUCGUGUGGGACGAGGUGCCAUGAUUGCGGAUCGAGUCGUGCUGCUCCCAGGAACCAUCAUCGGCAAGCAGUGUGUCAUGGGCUCUGGUGCCUUGGCCCGACGAAACGGUCACUACGAGGAAGGCAGUGUGUGGAUGGGUUCAAAGCACGGAGAAGCCGUCAGCUUCGGCAAGGCCGUCCCCGAGAAGAGCGAGACUGGCCUUUCGUCCGACGCCAGCGAAGAGACCAUUACUCCCUUCGGACGCGCUUUCUACAAGCGACAGGCCAACUUCUUUGUCUUCCCGUACCUCAUGUUGGUGGUCAUCAACGUGGGCAUGACCAUCUUCUCCUCGGCGUACUGGGCGACCGCUGCUGUCGGCACGGUGCUCGUGCUCAACCUGCUACGAAAGCACUUCGAGUAUUCGUCGAUUGGCUUCCUGUUUGACGACCACUGGUACCGGCCCGGCCUGAUCUACGCCGUGAUUGCCAUCCUGUUCGUCGUCAUCCUGACGAUCCAGGCCAUCCUGGCUUUCGCUUGGACGAUUGCCACGAAAUGGGCCGUGAUUGGCCGACGUCGCGAAGGCCGCUACGACUGGGACAAGUCGUCGUACUGUCAACGCUGGCAGCUUCAUCUCACGUUGCAAAAGCUCCUCGGACGCGGAUUCGGCGGUCACAUCUACGGCAACAUCUCUGGUACGGCGUUUGCAGUGUGGUACUUGCGAGCGCUGGGUGCCAAGAUCGGCAAGGAUUGCGCCAUCUGGGCUGGUGGCAAGCCAUCGCUGCAGCUGACCGAGCCGGAGCUCGUGUCGAUGGGCGAUCGCGUCAGCAUUGACGACUGCUCGGUGGUGGCGCACAUCAACUCGCGAGGUCGAUUCAGCCUGAACAAGCUGCGCAUUGGGGACGGAUGCGCGAUGCGAACAGGCAGUCGACUGCUUUCAGGUGCUAGCAUGGAACCUCGCUCGAUGCUGCUCGAGCACACGCUUGUAGCAUCAGGAGAGAUUGCCGAAGCAGGCGCCGUGUACGCCGGCUGGCCCGCUCGUCAGCUGCGAGUGCGCAAGGCGCAUCGUAACGGGGGCAUUCACGGCGAGAUGUCGGCUGGCAGCAGCACAACCAACCUCCAUCAACAAGCACCGCCUCCCGGCUACUUUGGACAAUGA